AUGAGAUUAUUACUCGCAGUGCUAACCAUUCUAUCGCUGCUGGCAGGGAUCGGUGCCAUUUUCCAGGGUGGAGUGCUGGAUCUAAACUUCUUUCGCUGCAUGUGGAAAAAGAACUACGAGUGUCCGCACGAGGACAUACGCUUUUUCCUGUACACACCAACGUUCCGCAAGGGUAGGGUAAUUGAUAUGAACAAACCGAGCACGAUCUUUAAUGUCGGCUUCAACACGAACCAGCAGACGGCCAUCAUCAUCCACGGAUUCAACGGCACCCAAACUAGCCGGCACAUCAUGUUCCUGAAAGACGCAUACCUUUCGAGGAAAUUCAACGUGUUCGCAGUGGACUGGGAAGCGCUCUCGCAGUACCCAUGCUAUCUGUCGUCGCUCUCCAACACCAAACUCGUGUCCCAGUGUACAGCGCAGCUAUACUCUUUCCUUACGUUCGCUGGAUGCACCAGUAAACAGAUCACCUGCGUUGGCCAUUCCUUGGGAGCGCACAUCUGCGGUAUGAUGAGCAAUCAUUUGACCAAAAAGCAAUACAAAAUCAUUGGAUUGGAUCCAGCACGACCGUUGAUAGAGAAGCACGCCUCCACCAAGUUCCGCCUGACGCGCGAUGAUGCCCGGUCGGUUCAGAUCAUCCACACCAAUGCCGGUUUGCUUGGACAAAGUUCGUUCACAGGACGCGUCGAUUUCUGCAUUAACGGUGGCCAGGUGCAACCGUACUGCGAAGGAGAUAGAAUCAAACAAGCACGAUGUAGCCACUUCCUGAGCGUGUGCUACCUGGCCAACGCAAUCCUUGCGGCUCGACCAAUGAAAGCAGUCCGCUGUCCGUCCGGAUGCGUACCAAACAACCGGAUACCUUUCGUCAAAUCAAAUCGCGUUCGAUUGAAAUUGCUUCGCGUCGGACAGGACACGCCCGGGAACGUCACGGGAGGAUACUGUGUCCACAUGUCACAAACCAUGAACUGUCCUUUCAAUUGA